AUGGGCCGAUCUAGUCUGUUCGCCGCCGGUGCGCUCUCCCUGUUCCUGGGUAGCGUGACCGGCCAGGACUCGUGCGUCCAGGUGGCGUCCCCGACAUGGGCGGCCACCUGCCCCUGCGACUCGGACGGCCAGUACUCCUUCACGAUGGAGGGGAAGACCACGGUGACGGCGAACACGGUCAAUGUGGCCGUCAUCAUCGAUUCCUCGGGGAGCGUCGACGACGACGAAUGGGACAUGUCGAUGGCGUUCGCGAAGGACGCUGUUUCGUCCUUCGCCGACCAGAACCUCUUCACCAACGGCGGGAGCGCCUCCAUAGCUCAGUUCUCCAGUUCUGCGUCGGAGGGCGGCACCUUUUACUCUCUCGAGGACUUCAACGCCUUCGUCGACGGAAACACCAAGUACUCGUCGGGGGGAACCGACAUCAUCGACGGCAUCGCCAAGGGCAGGGAGCUCCUCAAAGCCUCUCCCGCCACCACUUCGUUCAUGAUCGUCACUACGGACGGACAAUCCUCCAGUCCUAAGGCCGAAGCGGACGCCGCCCGAGAUGAGGGCACCAUCGUGUACGCCGUCGGGGUGGGUACAGGCCCGACCCAGGAGAUCCUUCUCGAUAUCGGAGGGGAAGAGGCCAACGUCUUCGACGUCGACGGCUUCGACGAGUUGGACGUCGCUCUCGCAGGCAUCCUCUCCGCGUCCGGAAGCAGCGUGCCCUGCGCCGCCACGGGCGCGACGGUGACUGUCGAGUUCAACGGCAUGGUGACGGGAGCCACCGUGGACGGCGGCAGCGCCACCUACAACGGCGGCGAGGUCGUCUUCACCGUCGGCGACCUCGAGGCUACCCCGACUGACUUCGAGGUCUCGCUGGACUGGUGCGGAGAGCCCGAGGGCGGCGAGAUCAUCGCCUCCGUGUCCUACGCCGACGACGAGGGAAACACGCCCGACCUGUCCUCCCUCGAGGGGUCGGCAGUCGUGCCCACCUGCGGUGACGAACCCCUACUCGACGGACAUGAACGACGGCUGCCCCGACGGAAUCCCGACGCCAUGCCUGGCAAACGGCGGACUUAG